CGGUGCCAUGAUCUGGACACUCUGACGCUUGAUACAUCUUAUGCAGGCUUGAUACUGUCGCGCGGCCCGGUCAGCCUGUUAUUCAGCUUUGCUUGAAUUAAAUCGCAAUCGAGCGUUCUUCUCCGCCGCUCGGAGGACUGAACUUACACUCCGUGUAUGGCAGGCUAGUGGUAGUGAGGUACGCGAUAGAAUCACUACACAGUAUCUAGAACUUUCUGCAUCGGCAAGCAUGACGUGAUGACGGUCCUCUCUCUCCUUACUUUACUUUUCGUUGUCGCGCUCUCUUCGUUCACAUCAGCGACUUCCGACUACCACGAGAGCCUAUACCUCCAACCACUCCCGCAAUCAUCCUUGUUAGCAUCUUUCAACUUUCGUGGCAAUGAGUCCCAAGAGUCCUUCGAUGAACGCCAUUUCCGCUACUUUCCGAGAGCAUUAGGUCAGAUCCUACAGCACGCCAACACGAAGGAGCUUCAUCUGCGGUUCACUACUGGACGAUGGGAUGCUGAGAGCUGGGGUCCCCGUCCUUGGAACGGGAGCAAAGAGGGUGGUACUGGUGUUGAGCUAUGGGCAUGGAUAGAUGCACCCAAUGAUGAAGCGGCCUCUGCGAAAUGGAUUACCCUGACUCAGUCUCUGUCGGGAUUGUUUUGCGCCUCGCUGAAUUUCAUCGACUCAACCCGAACCACUCGCCCCGUUGCUUCAUUCGAACUUAUGGGAGACCAUCCAGCUUCCAGUAAUCUGCAUCUGCUACACGGGACACUUCCUGGUGAGGUGGUCUGCACUGAAAACCUUACGCCAUUCCUGAAGUUACUUCCGUGCAAGGGCAAGGCAGGCGUUUCUAGCCUUCUAGAUGGACAUAAGCUGUUUGAUGCGUCUUGGCAGAGCAUGUCUGUGGAUGUCAUUCCUGUCUGUCCUCAGCCAGGAGAGUGUUACGUGCAUGUCGAUCAGACCGUGGACAUUGUCCUUGAUAUUGACCGGUCGAAGCGACCCCGCGGCAAUCCCAUUCCGCGACCUGUACCUUCUGAUCAGCUUGCAUGCGAUACAUCCAAGCCCUACCAUUCCGAUGAUACCUGCUAUCCUUUGGAAAGCACAUCGGAAAAGGGCUGGAGCUUGACGGAAAUCUUCGGACGCACCCUCAGUGGCGCUUGUCCUCUCACGGAUAAUGCUUCUCAAGAGCCGGUCUGCCUACGGGUGCCGCAUGAGCGCGAGGUAAUUGUUACUCCAGGUGCAGUGGAGACCAAGAGGCCGGAUGGCUUCACUCGCUGUUUCACUUUGGAGCCUUCUACUCCGUUCGACAUCACCAUCCCUGAACAAGAAGUUACCACUCAUGUGCCACUUGAUGAGCCUGUCUUGAGCGCGGAGAGAACGAUUGUUGGUCACGGCCAAGAGCGCGGUGGCAUGCGGAUCAUCUUCGACAACCCGUCUGACUCCAACUCUGUCGACUUCAUUUACUUUGAGACACUACCAUGGUUUCUCCGACCAUAUGUCCACACACUGCAGGCUUCUAUCACAGGCCGCGAUGGACUACGCCAACAAGUACCCGCCUCCCAAUUUAUCCGUGAAUCCUUCUACCGACCGGCCAUCGACCGAGAGCGAGGAACACAGCUGGAGCUGGCAAUGACGAUACCGCCUGCGUCAACUGUGACUCUCACAUACGACUUUGAGAAAGCGAUCCUGCGGUACACAGAAUAUCCCCCGGACGCGAACCGCGGCUUCAACGUCGCUCCCGCCGUAAUUAAGCUCGACGCAGCGAACGGCCAAAACCACCCGAUCUAUAUCCGCACCACCAGCCUUCUCCUCCCGCUUCCCACCCCCGACUUCAGCAUGCCAUACAACGUGAUCAUCCUGACCAGCACCGUAGUUGCGCUCGCCUUCGGCAGCAUCUUUAACCUUCUUGUCCGUCGCUUCGUUACGGCCGAAGAAGCCUCCGCGUUGACCGCGCAAACCCUUAAGGGACGCCUGGGGGGCAAGAUAGUAGCCCUACGAGACCGAAUCAAGGGCAAGACAGCCAAGAAAGAAUAGACGAGACGGAAAAGCUAUCAUAAACAAUGCAUCCAUCUUCAAUGUUACAUACAUGCUAUACUAAUACAAUAAACCAACCAUAUCACAUCAAUCUCACUAU